GCUGCUCCUCGACCAGGGAAACCGGGUACACAAGAAGUGGUCACAGAGCCCAAUAACAUUCUCUUUGUGCAAAAUCUACCGCCUGAAACAAAUAGCCACACUCUAGAAGAGGCUUUCAAAAAGUUUGAAGGCUACAGAGAAAUUCGUAUGAUCGAAGCAAAGCCGGGUAUUGCCUUUGUAGAAUAUGAAAACGACUCCUGGGCCUUGGCUGCCAUGGAGAGCCUUCAGGGCUUUAAUAUCGCUCCCCAGUAUCCAAUGUUCAUUACGUAUGCUAAAAAAUAA